UGUGGACAUACACUGGUGAAAUAUAGUGUGACAUUUGUGUGAUGUUCCAAGGAAGAUUUCAAAUUAAUAUCAUUGAAGUUCUAUAAUUGAAAAGAGGAUGUAAUUUUCACAAUAUUUUUAUAAGUCAUUGGCAUAUUUAAUGUACCACCCAAGUUGAUAAUUGACAUUAAGUGAUAAGAAAAACCAUCAUCACAAAAUGGGGAAAAUGAGAAAGAACCGUCAAAAGUUCCAUGCAGGGGCCAAGAAGAAUAGUGACAGCAAAGUAGAAAUAGUUGAUAUGGAAACUGACAUGAAGGUACCACCACCAACAAUGCCACAGGAGGAUGACAAUAUAUUCAAAGGACUAAAGAUUAACAAGGAUACCCUGAAACAAGAACUGCCAGACUUUGAUACUCGCAGUACAAUAACCAGCAAGUCUCUCAAAGGCCUCAACAUAAAGAAAAAGGACAAACAGAAACUAAGACAUGAACGGUGGAUGAAAAAGCUGAGUUCUAUAGACAAAGCCAAGAAAGAUGCCAAGGCAAAGAAGAAAAGACAGCAAACACCUGUAGUUGGUGAUAUUGGAAUCCUCGGUGAAGCUCUGCCUACACUUGAUCUUCUGUUAAAGGGGUCAACAGGGCUGAAGUCAAGUGACAAUAAAGAAACUACAAGGAAAAGUGUCCCAAAGGAAAAACAAAGACGAAAACAAAUGUUGAAUGACAUUUCUCUUUUCAAGCAAGUGUUAGCACAUUCUUCUUACAAAGAAAAUCCCACAGACACAAUCAAAGAACACUUGCAAAACAAACUCCUGCAGGAGGAGUCUAUGGACACGUGAAUCUUCAGUGAUACUUCAUGUAUAUUUUAAAAAAAGAUUACAGAGAAUGUGUUUGUUACAGA